CCAGUAUUUAUUACAUAGUUUAUCCCUUUAACUCUUGGUAUAGGUAUUGUCAGUAAUUUGAAUAUUAGGCUGAAAUAAGAAUAUCCGUCGCAAUGCAUGCUCUGCUGGAUAACAAACAAACUGAGCACUAAGUGUUCUCUUUCUCUCCUGGUCCCCUGUUUACCACCUGUAGAUGUGUGAGAAGCUGUUUGUGAUUGCAUUGCUGCUGCUGGUGUGUGUGUGGCUGCUGUGCGCUCAGUCAGUGUCCAGCAGCAACCGAAGCUCUAGGGGGCAUCCAGGUGGAGUAAAACCUGGUGCGUGUGAGGUGGUGGCCGCCCAUCGCUGUUGCAAUAAGAAUAAGAUCGAGGAAAGAUCUCAGACAGUCAAAUGCUCAUGCCUCACUGGACAGGUGGCAGGAACAACCCACGCACGGCCGUCAUGUGUGGACGGUAUGACACAGCUCGUAACGAAAGGACAAUCAGUGCAGAACACCAGGCCAAGUCAAUGAAAACUCUGAAUAUAGUGAAAGUGUAACUUCACUGACUCACAGUCAUAAGGUCAUUAUAAAUGUCAAAGAGAAGUUUAGAAACUAUGAUUUUAAUGCUGUGAUGCAGUAAAGCCAGAUUAUUUUUCUAUUGUAUAUUCAAUUGCUGUCUUGUACUAUGAGAGUGGAUGUCCAUGAAGGGACAGUGUCAAUUUAGUAGUGGAUUAUAGUGAAAUUUACUGAACUGUUUUCUUACAAAGGAGCCGAUUUUUAACAAGGUUUUAUUGUUACUGAAAUGCUGUACAUUUUGGAUAUGGGGGAUUAUGAAUUUACAACAAGCAUUAUUGUCUGUCUUUAUAAAAUAGGUUGUUAGCUGGUUUAGGGAAUUUUCAAUUUAGGCAUCUGACACUUUCUUUCAUUCAACCACAGUGGUGUGAUUGGUGUGACCACUAUUCUCAUCACACCUUCUAUCCAGUUUGAGAUGCCUUUUGCUUUGUGACAUGGUGCAU